AACAACAACAUCGACGAUCACAAUACUGUUAUUAUUAAACAUUAUUAUCGUCUCCGUUUGUCGUUUCAGCGUUGACACGAUCGCCGCCGUUGCCGUAGUCAAUCCGCAGGGUCGUCCGUCCUACUGGGCAGCCCUUUGCGCGCGCACGUGUGCGUGCGCGCUUGUGCUAGUCGCCGCCGCCGCCGCCGACUCGACGUGCUCCUCUCGCUCCGGCGGCGCUCGUCGUCACACACGGACACCGAACGUCGACGUUCGGACGUGCACGUUAUUCGCCGCCGUGGCGUCGUCCCAUUUCCGACGGUAGCCGUUGGUCACUGUUACUCUGUCCCGUCGCCGCAGCUCGUCGCUGCCCGCGCUCGAGAAAUCCUCGUCACUCCGCUCGCGCACUCUUAGCACCGAUGGCCGUGCGCGCCCCAGCCAAAAAUGACUGUAGCUGCGAGCAGACUAGCUUACAUUUACAUGCUGAAAUUGAAAAUUUAAAACAAAAACUAUUAGAAAGAGAAAAUCACAUCGUCAACAUGGAGACUAAUUUUCUUUGUGAAGCUGAAAAAUUUCCUCAUGGCGAAUAUGCUGCAUUAACAGAUGAAAUAUUAAUGUGGCAGGACAAAUAUUCUAGAUUAUUAGAAUCACAUAAGAGAGUUCAACGUGUUAACCAAAGUCUUGAAGAUAAAUUAUUGUUACUUGUUGACAAAACUGAAUCAGAAAAGAAUGUAUUAAACUCAGAAAUUACAAUAAUAUCUCAAAAACUGUUUGACCAACAAUUUCAACUGAAUCAAUUGAAUGAUGAAAAUGAGAGGUAUAAAAACGAUCUUAAUAUUGCUAUCCAGUUACUACAAUGUAAACCAUCCCAUUUUGUUUCUCAAAAAUAUGAUAACCUACCAAGUGAAAUACAAUCCAAAGUUCGAAGUUAUAUUUUUAGCAAACAACGUAGAAUGUCAGAUGGCAAUGGUAACAUAGCACAGAAAUCAGAAGGAAAAACUAUAAAAGUACCAAUUCCUACAUUUCCUCCGACAGCAAUGGUUUAUUCAUUGAGUAAUGAUAAAGAUAUAAAGUCAUCAAAAGAUGCUGAAGAAGGUUCAUCGCAACCUGUGAACAGUGUUUCAGCAGCAAUCUUAGCAAAAGUUCUAGAAGAAAGAGUCAAAGAGCGGUUAACUCAACGACACUGUUCUACUUGUUCAUGUUCUAACAAAAGUGGCGACCUUAAUACAGACCAACAAGAAUGUCAUUCACCUCAAACUGAUUCCUCUGAUAAGCGAGUUCGCACCUUCACUAAAUAUAGUAAACAACCAAUGACUACUAAAAGUUCAGAGUCUCUUGUAUCAGAACCCGAAUUGUCAUCAUAUUUUGAAAACUCUGUAUCUUUAACAGAUUCCUCUGAUAGUGGAUUAAAAUUAUCAGCUCGGUCUAGAUUAUGUUCAGUACGCUUACAAGAAGGAAGUAAUAAUAUAUUGUUAGAUAACGCUGCGACACCGUAUACAGGUCCUAUACUUUAUAAAAGCCGUUCAUCUAGUGGCGAAUACGAUGAACCUUUGGUACACUCACAAAAAUUGAUUGAUCGUAACAUCCAUGCAAAUGAACACACACGCAUAUUGAUUUCAGAUGAGGAAAUAAUUUAAAAAAGUUAUAAAUUUGGUAAGAAUAUGAGUGAAUGCGAUUUGUUUGACAAUAAUUAUAUUAGGUGAUUAAUAAAAUUAAAUAUAUCUAAUAUUAUAUUAUUUAUUAUAUAUUAUGUUAUAUUUAUUAUGACUAC